AUGUACAUGCCAGAUAACCCCCAUAAAUGUGACUAUAAACUGUUUUUACUUUUUGGUGUAUCUGGGUAUGCUUACAAAAUGGAGAUGUGUACAGGACAUGAACAUGAAUGGGACAAGAAUGAUGCAGAGCCGGAUCUUGGUGCCAGCAGCAAUGUGGUUGCUAGAUUAUGCUGGAAUGUACCAGAGAAUGUAAAUGACAACAUUUACUUUGAUAAUUAUUACACAUCAAUACCGCUAAUGCAUUAUUUGAAGGGAAGAGGCAUUUUAUCUCUAGGAACUGUUAGCAGAAAUAGAGUUCACAAUAAGAAAUUACCAGAUGACAAGUCCCUGAGUAAAGAGGAAAGGGGUAAAAUACUUGAAUUUAUUGGAAAUUAUGAAGGAACAGAGAUCUCAAAUGUAGUCUGGCAGGACAACAAGACAGUCAUGUUGUUAUCCACAUCCGUAGGAAGUGACCCAGUAAGCAAUGUAAAGAGAUAUGACAGAAGUGGGAAGGAACAUAUUUUUGUAUCUUGUCUAAAAAUUGUUCAAAUUUAUAACAAGCAUAUGGGAGAAGUGGAUCUUCUAAAAAGUCUCAUUGGCAGAUAUAGAAUCAUAAUCUGGAGUAAGAAGUGGCACUUUCGAAUAUUUUACCAUCUUGUUGAUUUAGCCACAGUCAACAGCUGGAUUUUAUACUGCAGAGUUAACAGCAUCCGCAACCCAGUGUCUGAAGCUAAGGAGCUCCAAUUAGCAAAUUUCAGGAUUGAACUGGCUGAAACUUUGCUCAAAAUUGUUUUCAGUUCUACACCAAAGAGAGGAAGGCCAAGUUUUGUAGAGAAACCACAAGCAAAGAAGAAGAAGACAACUUCACGCCAUCCCACUAAAAAUGUCAGAUUCUAUCAGGAAAGUCAAAAUUUGAUUCUUCUCCAGGUGAAGCUUAUGCCUUGA